ACAGAGGAGUGAAAAAAUGUCAGGAAAGAAACCUGAAGACAGUUUGUGAAAAAUCCAAUGAGCGCUUUGGGAAGAGACGAAAUGAUGAUAGCAAGAGAGGAAAUUUUUAUACAGAAGAAACUGAUAAUAUAGUGAAACAACGACGACUACAGGGAAGAUCUGGCAAAGAUGACUCCUCGUCUUCCUCUUCCUCUCUCUCCUCCUCCUCCUCCUCAAAGGAGAUGGCCACUACUGACCACAGGAGGGAUGACAAACAGACACCUGUUGAUUUAGCGAACAGUAUGACGGAUAUGCUUACGUGUAACACAGAGUCAGGCGAAAAAGAUGAUGACAAGGGAGAAUGCACAGAAGAAGGUGAUGAUAUUGUGAAACAACGACGACGACAGGGAAGAUCUGGCAAAGAUGACUCCUCGUCUUCCUCUUCCUCUCUCUCCUCCUCCUCCUCCUCAAAGGAGAUGGCCACUACUGACCACAGGAGGGAUGACAAACAGACACCUGUUGAUUUAGCGAACAGUAUGACGGAUAUGCUUACGUGUAACACAGAGUCAGGCGAAAAAGAUGAUGACAAGGGAGAAUGCACAGAAGAAGGUGAUGAUAUUGUGAAACAACGACGACGACAGGGAAGAUCUGGCAAGAACGUCUCCUCGUCUUCCUCUUCCUCUCUCUCCUCCUCCUCCUCCUCCUCAAAGGAGAUGGCCACUACUGACCACAGGAGGGAUGACAAACAGACACCUGUUGAUUUAGCGAACAGUAUGACGGAUAUGCUUACGUGUAACACAGAGUCAGGCGAAAAAGAUGAUGACAAGGAAGAAUGCACAGAAGAAGGUGAUGAUAUUGUGAAACAACGACGACGACAGGGAAGAUCUGGCAAAGAGGACUCCUCGUCUUCCUCUUCCUCUCUCUCCUCCUCCUCCUCCUCAAAGGAGAUGGCCACUACUGACCACAGGAGGGAUGACAAACAGACACCUGUUGAUUUAGGUGUGUAUAGAAAUAAACAAGACCUAGAUUAUGCUUGA